AUGCUGAGUGCCCCCAGCAUGCAGGCCCCCGCCCACCCCGGCAGGGUGGGCACUGGGGGUUCCCAGGCCUCACGGCAGGCCCCCACGCGCCCCCGAACCACCUGCCGGACCCAGGAAGCCUGCCUGGAGGAGGGGCCCCUGGCUAAGCUGGAAGGAUGCUGGGCUGUGAGGAGGCGGGAGGACUUCCCGGCCAGGGGGACGGAGCCGGUGGGGGAGGGCACAGGGCCCUGGUGGGUGGGACGGAGGUGCCGGGAGGGGCUCAGCAGUGGGCUGUGCGGGGCGCUGGUGAUGGUUCUCAGGUGGCCUCACUCCCAGGACACGGAGAUACUGAGAGACACCCAAGCCAUCACCUGGGCUCCAAAUACGCCCUUCCUCACCUCCACCGAGCAGCGGCCGGACUUCCCCUUGGCCGUCGCGAUCACUCGCCCCAGCCAGGACAGGCCCUCCCUUCUUGCCUGUGGACUUGGAGUCCCAGCCUGGGACCCCUCUUCCUCAGCCCCGGGGGGCGAGGACGUCCUCACCCCCGUUCUCCGCCCCAAGUCGGGCCUCUGUGGUCCUGAGAGCUCGGAAGACCUCAAAUCUGAGCCCCGCCGCUCACCCCUCAGCGCCUGCUUCUCUAAGCAGCCCUUGAGGACUGUGCUGCCGGCCAAGCGCGGGGCAGCCGGCAGGGAGGGCGGCAGUGGGGGCUCCAGACACAGGGCGGGGCGGGUCCUGCUGGCGCCCGGGCACCUCCCUUCCCUCGCCGCCCUGCCGGCCGCAGGCAGGCCUCGGGACGCACAUACGUGCACCGUGCGCGCCCGCGGGGACGCCCACCUCCCAGCCCUGCGCGCCCGGCCUCCCCAGGCUGCGGCCCCGCAAGACACUCGUCUCACAGGGUCAGUCACGGGAGCAGGAACUCGUGACAGAGGCGCCUGGGGAGGAGGCGGGAGGAGACGAGAGGCUCACGACCGUGAGAAAGUUGUGCCCAACGGAAAAUCAAGCUGGGUGGCCUUCCCGGGCCUCCUUGUCCCCCCUUUUCUGCCAGAGAGCAAAAGCCCAGUUGCUGACCUUUGUGGGACUGACGGCGACGUCACACAGUCGGCUCGGGCGGGGCCCUGA